UAAGAGGCUCCACAUCAUGGCACUCAUGGAUUACCCAACUUAUUUUUACAACCAUCCACCUAGCGAACAGUCAGCUGUGCAUCUAGAAUUCUAACCGAAGUAACUACCAGGUCGCCAGCUAUUUCAGAUAGUAGAGAAGCGUGAAGGUCACAGUUUUUAACAUUGAAGAGGGAAAGUAUUCAAGGUCAUGGGGAACUCGGAGAGCAUUUGGUGGAUUGUAGUGGAGUGCGCCUGCAGACUCCUUGGUGUUUCUACAGCAACAGUGUUGUGUGCUGUGGGAGUGGAGACCCUACAACAUGGUGAAUUCAACAGCCUCGGUAUCUACCUGCUAGUGUCAUCUGUUGGCGUCAUGAUGUUUGAGCUGGCCUAUUUCCUGGAUACUCUUCUGUUCAUGUGUCUGCCCUGUCCUCCAGACUGGCAGCUCUUUCUGAUUUGGGGAAAGAUGGCUCGCGUUGGAGGCUUCCAUAAGUUCCUCUAUUACUCCAUAAUGUCAGUGGUCUGCUUCUUGCACCCUGUGUUGGUGUGGCAUGCAAUUAUCCCAGGGACAAUGCUUCUGGUGACAGCCUUUUUCAACUUCAUACUCAGCAAGAAAACAAACAUCAAGUGUCCCAAAAGGCCGCAGGAGAGCCACGGCGACCGAGGCCCGACCACUGUGUGUGUGGCAGAGGGAGCAGCCCCUGCCAGCAGUUUCUCAUUCCUCCACAUGGGGACAGCAAGGAGAGGGGUGGGACUGGCUCUUGCAACCACAGACCACUGCUUCGGGCCAGGAGAGAGAGGAGAGAGCGUCCAGGCCAUGCUGGAGCUGGAGCAAACUGGAGCACCUACAGACACAGGCAGGGAGAGGAGGAGGUGGAAAGAGAGGAGGCUGAUAUGCUUCAGAGGUAGGGAGGAGCCAGUGGAGAAAGAGAUGGAGGAGAUGGACUGCUACAGUGAGCCAGAGCCAGACACCACCUCAGACACUGCACCUAUGAUAACAGACUGAGCUCCUUACUGGUAUCACACAAAGGAGAGCGCGAGCAUUGUGUCCAUACUGGCUGGUGCUACACUGGCGGACUUUUAGAUGAAAAUAAUGUCAUGAAAACGACUGACCAGCCAAAAUAAGACUUUUGAGUGUUCAAUAAUAAGGUAUUGUGUAUUUAUGUAAUUGCACAACUUAAAUAUGAAGAUUAUUAGAUUUUUUAUUAAAUGUUCUACUGAUUUGUAUAUUUUUUACAUAAAAAACAUCUAUUUGUAGAAGGUGAUUGUUUUUGCAUGUGAAAUCUAUUAUUCUGCAUUUUGAGUGCAAAAUAUACAAUUUGAUCUUCAAACAUGUAAAUCCAAAAAAAUUAAACCAUUUGUACCUACAUGGCUGGCUUUUAGUCUGAUAGCCUGUUUUCGGAAAGCCUGCAUUGAUUGAAGAGCAAA